GGCAACCGGCGCAACACCAGCGCGGGCCGCCGCUGCCUGCUCGCCCCCGGGCGGCGCGGCCCGGCCGCGGCCGGAGUAAUUGCUUUCAGAAGAGACCUUUGAUUCCUUGACUAAGAGAAUGGGUAAAAAAGUAAAGAAGGAAGUAGAGCCUCCACCCAAGGAUGUGUUUGAUCCUUUAUUGGUUGAAAGCAAAACAGCAGCAACAGUUGUGCUAAUGCUUAGUUCUCCUGAAGAGGAAGUUUUGGCCAAAGCAUGUGAUGCUCUGUAUAAAUUUGCAUCAAAAGGUGAUGAAAACAAAGUGACACUUUUUGGUCUUGGAGCAGUGGAACAUCUGUAUAAACUCAUCUCACAUGAAGAUCCAAUUGUACGCAGAAAUGCCAUCAUGGUACUUGGCAUCAUGGCUUCUAAUCAUGAUGUCAAGAAGUUACUGAGGGAACUGGAUGUCACAAAUUCACUUAUAUCACAGCUGGCGCCAGAAGAAGAUGUAGUUAUCCAUGAAUUUGCUACUCUCUGCCUAGCACAUAUGGCUGUUGAAUAUACUACUAAAAUACAAAUAUUUGAGCAAAGCGGAUUAGAACCACUUAUCAGACUGCUAGGUAGCCCUGAUCCUGAUGUUAAGAAGAAUUCACUUGAAUGUAUCUACCUCCUGGUGCAGGAUUUUCAAAGCCAUGCUGCAGUUCGUGAACUGAAUGUAAUUCCACCCUUGCUGGAACUACUGAAAUCUGAAUACCCAGUUAUUCAGUUGUUAGCCCUUAAAACCUUAGAAGAAAUUAGCAAAGACGGAGAAACCAGGAUAAUACUGGGAGAAAAUAAAGGAUUAGAUUGUCUGCUGCAGAUACUGGAAACCAAUGAAUUCAGCGACCUACAUGUGGAAGCUCUUGCAGUUUUGGGAAAUUGUCUGGAAGAUGCCCAUACUCUGCAACUGAUUCAGCAGACAGGAGGCCUUAAAAAGCUACUUUCAUUUGUAGGAGACUCUACUGUUCCAGAUAUUCAGAAGAAUGCAGCAAAGGCAAUUACCAGAGCAGCUUAUGACUCGGAAAACAGAAAAAUCUUAAAGGAGGAAGAGGUUGAGAAGUGUCUCAUAAACCUUCUGGAAAUUAAUAAUGAUGGAGUGAAAGUUGCUGCUUCCGAAGCAAUUUCUGCCAUGUGUGAGAAUUCAGCUAGCAAACGUGCGCUGGGACUCCAGGGGAUUCCCCAGCUAGUGCAGUUGCUAAGCAGUGACAACGAAGAGGUAAAAGAAGCUGCAGUGACAGCAUUAGCUAAUUUGACAGCAGCCAGUCCUAGUAACGCCAGGGCUGCUGCUGAGGCUGAAGUAAUCGAGCCACUAGUAAAUACCUUGAACGCUCAGAGGGAUGGAGCCGUUGCUAAUGCUGCUGCAGCGCUGACAAACCUGGCCUCGCAGGAGCCAUUCCGCGUAAAUAUCCAGAGCCGUGGUAUUAUGCGUGCGCUUGCAGGACCGCUGCGCUCGACCAACAGCCAAGUGCAAAGCAAAGCGGCGUUCGCUGUGGCUGCGUUUGGUUGUGACGCUGAUGCAAGAACGGAGUUAAGAAAUGCAGGUGGACUGGGACCCCUCGUUGAAUUGCUGCAUUCUAAGAAUAAAGAAGUCAGAAGAAAUGCCUGUUUGGCUGUUAUGGUCUGUGCAAGUGAUGAACUAACUGCUGUGGAACUGUGCAGGCUAGGUGCUCUAGACAUCCUAGAAGAAAUUAAUCUAUCAAUAGUGUGCAAAAAUAACUAUAGUGAAGCUGCUCUGGAAAAGUUACUUGAUAACAAUCUCUCCCAAAAGUACAGCCGGAUGGGAUAUUUAUCAUCAAGUAAUAUCAUUACUGAUGGAUUCUACGAUUGUGGUCAGAUAAAACCUGGAGUGAAAUUUUUAUCUUUGGAGGAACUCAGCAUGCGAGAGCUUACUGACCAGCGGGCCAUAAUCUUCAUUAAUGCUAAACCAAAAGAAGAUCUUGCAGUAGAGGAGAAGGCACAGGAUUCCUUUUUUGAACAGACUAUCUUGUCACCUUCUAUUUCAAGAAAAAGCAGUAGAGACAGAGCAAGGAGCUCAAUGGUAUCUCCAGUGGAGGAAAAGCAGGAGUUAUCUGGACAACGGUCUUCACUGAGCAAAAGCAGCACUGGAGAAAAAGGCUUAAGAAAAGGGAAGGGGAAAAAAGAAGAUGAAAAAAUGAAAGAAGUUGCUCAGAUUAUAUCUAAAGUCCAGGAUGAAAUAAAUCUAGAAAAUUCACACUGGCUACCACCACCUGACUUCAUUUUAUUGGAUUACAUUAAUGAUGCUUCCAGAACAAUUCUACCACUAACUACUACCCGGGGACAGGUUGUGGCUCUUGCGCAGUUUGUUGCAGACAAGAUGGGUGGCCCGAUUGAAAGAGACAAACUACAUGACUUCAGCUGGGAACUUCACGUAAGUGAAGUAGAAUUUGAACUGAAAAGCAACGUCGUGCCUAUCGGGAAAGUCAAAAAAGGGACGUUCUACCACAGGGCUUUACUUUUCAAGGUGAUAGCAGACAGAAUUGGCAUUCGCUGUAGUUUAGUUCGUGGCGAGUAUAACAGAGCGUGGAAUGAAGUUGAAUUGGUUGAAGACUCUCCUCAAGGAAUAGCUGGGCUUCUGCUUCCUCCAAAAAAGUAUAUGGUAGAUCUAAUGUUUGAGCCAGGCUUCUUGAUAAAACAAGGAAGUGCAGAGGCAGAUCAAUACAAACAUAUUUAAUCAUCUUGACAAAUUUUGCCAAAAUGACUAUGUUAAAGAUGUUUGCAGUGCUAAUAUUUAUGAAACAUAAGGGGUUUCAGGUCCAGCUAUCAAGAAGAAGCAUAGCUGGUAUGUUGUCCUAAAUGUUUGAUUAAACACAUUUUAGAUAUCCAACUUCAAGGCUUAGAAAUUUUGUUUAUUUUUUGGUACUGUUUUAAGACUAAGCUGUAAAACUACAGAUUAAAAUUUGUGAGAUCAAGAAUAUUUGGUAUGUGUUAACAUUAUAAUGCUUAUUAAAUAGGUUUAAAUUAUUUCCCAAAUACACUAUAUCCUUUUUUUUUUUUUUACACUCCUUCAAUUCCCAUGCACAUUUGUAGGAAUUAUAUAUCCAUGAAGCAAGGAAGCGUGACAUCUGGUGAAAUAACAAGUCACCUAAAAACAACCGGACAAUUUUUUUGUGCGAAAUAACCCAAGAACCAUAAAAAAAUGCGGUGUCUGUGUUCUUGUAGUUUUUUAAUGUUUGUAUACGCACAGUUACUUUGCUUUGCUUUGCAGAGGUUUGUAUCCGUUGAAUUCAUUAGUGCUUACGAGCGUGAUCCCACCACUCCCCCUCCCUCCUCCUCUGACAGGCAGCAUGAUUUUCCGGUAGCCCUUUGGGGGACAUUUUAUCUUUCUGUUGUAAAUUCACUCAUAUGGCCUCAUGUUUGGUUUUUUUUACCUUAUGUUCAGUAGUACCCUAGACAUCAGAAUGAAAAAGAACUCUGGAAACAAAAUAGAUGAUACGCGAGCAGGACCGAGUGGAAGGUGAGGAUGUGUUUCUUAUCAUUGCUACGUAGCAGGUAGGGGGCUGCUGAAUAGCGAUAUGCUCUCGCUGACAGGCACGAUCGGGUGUAGAAACCUGCAACUUUGAAAGUGCAGGAAAUGGAAGUAAAAUAAGAAUUAAUUUCCUACUAGCUAUCAUUUCGUAUGGUUUUCCUACGCUGGAAUUUCAUUAUUUUGUAUUGGAACCAUAAUGUAAAAGUGUGACUUGUUCUGUUUGAGGUCUUGAAAAAUCAAAGCAAUUUCUGUUGUU